CCGCCGGCCGCGGCGCUCUGUGAAGCGAGCGAGCCGGGGUGUGUGGAGUCGCUACCGGGGGGAAGAUGGUGGAUCUUGGAGCAGCGGCGUGCACGAUACUCCGUCCGAAACGCUCCGAAAAAUACUUGCCCUCGCAACCAGGGAUCCGGUAUAGACUGCCCGGGGACAAUCACAGAUAAUAGAGCCGAGAAACCGGCGGGAGAAGAAAGCACGUCUUACCCCUGUGUUUUUUUUGGGAGUUGAAACGUGUGGAUCGGGAUCCCAGACGGGAAGGGGAGAGCUGUGUCUGAUCGAGGCGGCAGCAGCAGCAGCCAGGCGGUCGGCGUGGUAUUUUUUUUUGAGGGGUGGGGUUGGAAAAGGGUUUGAAUUGCCCCCUGAGCUGCGAGUCGCGCCUCUCCAGCCCAGCUCAGCCCAGCCCAGCCCAGCCCAGCCCGGAGGCCGGGUUGGAGUUCAGGCAAGCCGAGAGCCGCCGGGGGACAUGCCGAGGAACAAGCGAGGGAAGCGUUCGGCUGUGAGCCGGGGCUCUCUGAGGCAGGAGCUCCUCCAGCUACAGCUGUCCGCCAAGGCCGAGCUGCCCUGCAAAGGGGCGCGCAACGGCGGGAGGGCGGACUCGGGCGCCAGCGAUGACGACGUGGCCAGCGAGGCUCUCAGCCACUGCAGCAGCGCCAGCGAGAGCGCCUCCGUCCUGGAGGAGGGCACAGUCAGCGAGCCGGUGGACGAGCAGGCAGCUCAGGAGGAGACCGAAGACAAGCUGAAGCAGUGCAUCGACGAUCUCAUGGACAAGAGCACGAAGACGCGGCUGGCCGCCCUGGAGAGCCUCCGGCUGGGCUUCUCGACGCGGCUGCUGUACGAGUUCCUGCUGGAGCGCACGCUGACCCUGGCCGACUGCCUGGAGAGGAGCCUGCGCAAGGGGAGUGGCGAAGAGCAGGCCGCGGCGGCCACCGUGUGCGCUCUGCUGUGUGUGCAGCUGGGGGGGGGCUCCAAGGGGGAGGAGGGGUUCGCGACGCUCUGCCCCGCCCUCAGCACCGUCCUCAGCGACGACUGCGCCAGCACGACGGCCAGGCGGAGUUGCGCGGUGGCCCUGGGGAUGUGUUGCUACGUGUCUGCUGCUGAUAACGUGGAGGACCUGUGGAAGUCUUUGGGCCACCUGGAGAGCGUGUUCAGCAGCUCGUACCCGGGUCGCGAUGGAGCCCUUCCUUCCCACAAGCCGGGCACCCUGGGGCUCCACUGCGCCGCCCUGCAGGCCUGGGCGCUGCUCGUCACGCUGUGCCCAGCCUCCCGCCUGCAUGCCCUCCUGGAGCUGCACUUGCCCAAACUGCAGGCCUGUUUGGCCAGCAACGAUGUCCACUUCCGGAUCGUGGCCGGAGAGACCAUCGCCUUGCUGUUCGAACUGGGACGAGAAUUCGAUGAGGACUUCCUGUACGAGGACGCCGCCGCCCUCUGCGGGCAGCUGAAGGACCUGGCGACCGACAGCCACAAGCACCGCGCCAAGAGUGACCGGCGCAAGCAGAGGUCCAUCUUCAGGGAGGUGCUGCACUACAUCGAGAGCGAGGAUUUCCCGGAGGAGAAGAUCCGCUUUGGCGUCGAAAGUCUUUACAUCGACUGCUGGAUGCGCCGGAGGACCUACGAUGCCUUCAAAGAGGUGCUGGGCUCGGGAGUGCGGCACCACCUGCAGUGGAACCAGCUGCUGAGGGACGUCUUCGAGCUGGGCCCCGCGCUGGUGCUGGACAGCUCCGUCAAGGCCAACAGGAUCUCCCGUUUCGAGAAGCAUCUCUUCAACGCGGCUGCCUUCAAGGCCCGGACGAAACAGAGGAACAAGGUUCGAGACAAGCGGGCGGAUGUCAUGUAGGGGGUGCAGUGUGCUGGGUCAGCGCUAGCCACCUUCCUCCUCCUCCUCCUCACUUGAUUGCUGCUGCCAAUCCAAGACCUCACAUAGACCUUGCAGAAGAAGAGUGUGUGUGUGUGUGCGUGUGCGCGCGUUAGGGAUCCUUCUUAUUAAAGUUUUAUUUAACACCAAUUAAAAAAAAUAAUACUGCAAAUCAAGGAAGUCAAGGAGGAGAACGGCACGUUCCUACUCGCGUAAGAUCUUCAGAUACCACAGACGAAGAGAUUUUAGUUUCUAAUUUAUUGAGCUCGGACGAACAGCAAGUGUUCCUUUUUUUUUUAGAAAAAAAAAUGUUUACACUGUCUUUGUAGUUCGGUAGGGAAAGGGGAGCGGGGUUGCAAAUGGAAGAUUUUUUGUAGUUUUUCUAUGUCAAUUUUGUAUGCUGUCUUUUCAUAAUCCAUGCAGAAAUUACAGGAAGCGCAGGGGUGUCCGUGCUGCACGAGGCGGGACACUUGCGGGUAGGAUCUUUGUCCCCCUUCGAGCAGGGGUGUUCAGCGUUGAGGCCCCUCCAGUCCGCUCCGUGCUGCGUUCCGCGGUUUUUCCGCAUCCAGCUCAGGAAGUUGCAGUGAGGGCAAUGAAUCCAGCCAUCCGGGGCUGGUCCCCUCCCAAGUCCAGCCGCAGACCGGAUCCGAUUGGCCCGGCUCGAGGUGUCGUGAGCAUCUCCAGCCCGGGGCCCAUCGGCGUUUCGGAUCUGUGCAGAUACACUAACCUUUACCGGCGUGUCUUUCAUUUGACGCGCCGUUCAAGUUAAAACGAAGGAUUUAAAAAAUAUAUAUAUAUUUUUAAGCAUUUUUUAUUUCAGAAAUGAAAUAUUCUUGCAUCAGGAAAGGGAACAGAGUAAUACUUUAUUUAGACUGGGAGCUAGAAGCGUGUAGCCUGUUCACAGGGUGAUCUGGGUGCUCAGGCACUGCCAGCAGCGCAGCUUGUGCCAGGUCCUGCACACGUGUGAGAACAGCACAAGAUUGUCUUGAAAAUGAUAGUCCUUAACUAUUGAAAACGGGGUAGCAGUGAAGUGUUACCCAGAGGGUAAAAAAAAUGCAAAAUUUGCUGAUUGUGAGCUGUAUAAUUCUAGAAAAUAAAACUUGGAAAAUGCA